AAUGCUCUGGUAACGCAUACUAAGGGAACUUCAUCACUCAGGCGCACCUCCCGUCAUUGGCGUUGUUUGAUAAAACCGAGUAGACGCACAUUUCCUCUGAUUGCGAGUCAUUCUUCCUCUUUCGCCCGACCUUGCAUCUCUUCCGCCCCUCGCUUUGACUAUCAAAUCAGUCAUCAUGCCACACGCCUACCCGUUCCUGAGCAGCGAGCAGAAGAAGGAGCUGAGCGACAUCGCUCAGAGGAUUGUAGCCCCGGGAAAAGGCAUCCUCGCCGCCGAUGAGUCAACAGGCAGCGUUGCUAAGCGCUUCCAGAGCAUCAACGCGGAGAACACGGAGGAGAACCGGCGCCUGUACCGCCAGCUGCUCUUCACGGCCGACGACAUCGAGCCCUGCAUCGGCGGAGUCAUCUUCUUCCACGAGACGCUCUACCAGAAGACGGACGACGGAAAGCCCUUCCCAGAGCUCAUCAAGGACCGUGGCAUGGUGGUGGGCAUCAAGGUGGACAAGGGCGUCGUGCCCCUCGCCGGCACCAACGGAGAGACCACCACCCAGGGUCUGGACGGUCUGUACGAGCGUUGUGCCCAGUACAAGAAGGACGGGGCGGACUUCGCCAAGUGGCGCUGCGUGCUGAAGAUCACGGACACCACGCCCUCUGAGCUCGCCAUCCUGGAGAACGCCAACGUGCUCGCCCGCUACGCCAGCAUCUGCCAGAUGCAUGGCAUCGUGCCCAUUGUGGAGCCAGAGAUUCUCCCCGACGGAGACCAUGACCUGGCCCGCUGCCAGUAUGUGACAGAGAAGGUUCUAGCGGCCGUGUACAAGGCUCUGUCAGACCAUCACGUGUACCUGGAGGGAACCCUGCUGAAGCCCAACAUGGUGACCGCCGGACACUCCUGCAGCCAGAAGAACGCACCACAGGAGAUCGCCAUGGCAACAGUCACUGCCCUGCGCCGCACCGUACCCCCCGCCGUACCCGGCGUGACCUUCCUGUCGGGCGGUCAGAGUGAGGAGGAGGCGACGCUGAACCUGAACGCCAUGAACCAGUGUCCCCUGGGUCGGCCCUGGGCUCUGACCUUCUCCUACGGCCGCGCGCUGCAGGCCUCCGCACUCAAGGCCUGGAGCGGCAAGCCCGAGAACAGCAAGGCCUGCCAGGACGAGUUCAUCAAGAGAGCCAAGAAUAACAGCCAGGCGGCGUUUGGGAAGUACGUGUCCAGUGGGAGUGACGGAGCUGCCGCGGGAGAGUCCCUCUAUGUGGCCAACCACGCCUACUGAGCACACACACAGACAUGCACACCCCUCGUCUCCAUAGCAACGGUGCACACCCCUCGUCUCCAUAGCAACGGUUGCCACCUUGCCGAGCGCUCUAGAAUAUGACCACC